AUGUCAGGAACUAGGCAACAUGCAAUGAAACCGAAGUGCCUAAAUUUUAGUGAUGAAUGGCCAAAGAUUGAAAAGACAGUUGUUAAAAUUUUAACUUUUCAACCAAUCGACAAAAUGACGUGGGAUUAUAAUUUCACUGAAAUUUACCAUCUUUGUAUAUGUGUACCCAAUACACAUGAGAAACAUUUAUUUGAAAGUGUUAAACUUUGUGUACUAAAACAUGUAGAAACAUUAAGAGAACAUUUGGCCUUGUGUAACGGUGAUGUACUUAUUAGUAAAUAUGUUAAACUAUGGGAGCAAUAUUAUGAAGCUUCUAAAAUAUUGCAUACACUUUUUUAUUAUCUUAAUAGACUAUUAGAAAAACAAUAUGGAUCAGUUCAAAAUAAAAAUAAAUCAUUAAAUCGAGUUACUGAAAAAGUACCUUGUUCCAUUGGUGGUCUUGUUUUAGGAAUUUGGAAACAAGAAAUGGUUUUAAAAAUUUGUGAUCCUCUAUACUUUGCAAUUUUUGAGGUUAUAAAUAAACAUCGUGAAGGUUAUAAAUGUGAUUCUAUUGAAGAGGUUCAUGCAGCAAUAAAUUCUUUUGUUCUCUUAGAUAAAUAUGAAAUACCAAAAUUAAGUAAAAAUGUAGAUAUAAUGUCAGGUGACUCUUGUGAAAAUGUAUAUACAUUCUAUUCUCAAUCUUUUGAAUUAUCUUAUCUAGAAAAAACUAGGGCUUAUUGUAAUCAGAUAUUAGCUAACAAAUUUGCAGGACUUCCAAUACGUGAAUAUAUGGAAAAAAUAUUAAAUGAAAUAGAAAAUGAAAGAAAACGUGCAAGGUUAUUUUUAGAUUCAUCAAGUGAAAAGAAAGUUCAUGAGGUAUGUUUAAGAUUAAUGGUUAAUCAACAUAAAAAACAAUUUGAUGAUGCUACUAGUGAAAUAUUGUAUGAAGAAGAUGAAAAAUAUCUUAAGAUUGUUUUUAAUAUUCUUGAACCAUUAAAACCUGAUGGAUUAUCUAUACUUAUUAAAGAGUUUCAUAAAAAAGCUAUUGAUGAUGGUACUGAAAAUAUUUGGAAAAAUGAAAGUUCAAAUGCACCACAAACAUUUGUUGAUAAUGUAAUUGUAAUUUUUAACAAAUAUAAUAAUCUAGUUAAAAAUGUUUUUAAUGGAGCUGGAGAAUUUACUAAAAGUCUUGAUAAUGCUAUGCAUUAUAUUGUUAAUUAUAAGGAAAAUCCUAAAAUUAUAUCAAGAGCAAGUGAAAAAACAGCUAAGUACGUUGAUAGUCUUUUAAAAAGGGCUAAAAAUGUUGAUGAAAAAGAAGUUGAUAAUAAUUUGUCUAAAGCUAUUAUAAUAUUUAAAUAUCUUGAAGAUAAGGAUAGUUUUCAAAAAUUUUAUUCUAAAAUGCUCGCUAAUCGACUAAUUCAUAACUUAUCAACUAAUCAUGAGUAUGAAGAAUUAAUGGUUUCAAAAUUAAAAGAAGCAUGUGGUUAUGAAUUUACUAACAAACUUUGUCGAAUGUUUUCUGAUAUUAAUAUUAGUAAAGAGUUGUGUAAUGGUUACCUUAAUUCUAUUUACUAUAAAUCAUUCACAAAUGUUUCUAUAAACUUUAAUGUUCUCCAAGCAUGUGCUUGGCCAUAUCAUAUUAAUGGAAUAAAUGGUACUUCUAAUAAUACAAAUGAUGACAAGCCAGUGGUUUCACUACCACCAGCAAUUGUUUCAAAAUAUAUUGGUGAUAGUAUUAAUAAUUUUGAAUCAUACUAUCAUACUAAACAUAAUGGAAGAAAACUUUGUUGGCUUUAUCAUAUGUUUACAGUUGAUAUCAAAAGUCAAACUGAUUUUAAAAGUUACCUCAUUACAAUGAAUGUUACGCAAGCAUCAAUAUGGUUAACAUUUGAAGGUAUAGAUCAAUUAACAGUUCAAGAAUUGUGCCAAAAAACAUCACUACCACAUGAUAUUGUGACAAAAAACUUAAGAAUAUUCGUUGAACAUUCAUUACUUUUAUGUAAUGAUCCAGCAUUUUCAUUGUCUUCAAAUGUAAUAUAUAAUUCAAAAUAUCAAGGGAAACGUAUGAAAUUCCGCCUUCCACAACCACAAAAUCAAAAGGUUGUUGAAAGAGAAGUUGAACAAGUUACACAAGAAUUAUUACAUGAUCGCAAAUAUUACAUUGAAUGCGUCAUCGUUAGAAUAAUGAAAUCAAGAAAAGUUAUAAAACAUAAUGAUCUUGUUAGUGAAAUAAUAUCACAAACAAGAUCACGGUUUGUUCCUGAUAUGGCUUUUAUAAAAAGAAAUAUUGAAUCAUUGAUAGAUAAGAUGUAUCUUAAAAGAGCAGAUACAAAAGAUGAAUAUCAUUAUUUGGCUUAA